UGGAAUAUAACUAUUUUGUGAACUUUUCUUUUUAAUGAAAUCAUAUUAUAUAUACAUAUGUUUUCAUUUUUAAAUUUCUUUUUAUACUUUACAAAAUUUUCCUUUUAGUAUAUAUGUUAUUUGGAGAAAUAAAAAAGGAAACUAAAUAAAUAAUAGUAUUCAAAUGUAAAUUUUAAUUCAUUAAGGAUAUCUUAAUACUUAAUCAUCGUGAGAAUUAACGUGAGCGCGACACGUAAAAUUUUUAUAAAGAUUUCCCUCUUUUCCCCUUUCUGUUUCUUUUUUUUUCCUUUUUGUUUCAAUUUUUUUUCCUUUUAUAAACUAAAAAUUGUUUUUUUUUUACAUUUAAAAAUUGUGGUUUUCUCUAGAUUUUAUUAGAAGAAAAUUCUAUACAAAUAUUUCAACUAUAUCCAAACUUUCUUUUACUUAAUUUUAAUUAUUAUUUUAAUUACAUUUUUAAUUUUUUAGUUGUACUCAUUUAUCACAUCCAUGGCAUUUGUUAAUAUUUUGUCCAUGGAAUCGGAUCGGAUUCGGUUCGGAUUUUUGGGUUCGGUUUAUUUGCGCAGCCUUAAAAUGAACAAUCGAAACAAAAUUCAAAAAAAAAUGUAAAAAAUAUUAAGGGUAUGAUUGGAGAUUAGACUGUUGAAGUUCGUAAUUAGUUUAAAGUUUUUACAUCCAAUAUUUAGCCAAUUAAAUUUUAAUGACUUUUGUUGAUCCCAAAACCCCUAAAGCCAUUUUUAUUAUUUUCCUCUUGUUACAUAAGUGGUUUUUAAAAGCAACAAUUUAUGGCUAUAGGUUCUUUCUAAAGCCAUCGACAGUUAUUUAAAACCUAAAAUUUCUAAAGUAAUUUUUUUUCUAAAGCCACAGCCACCACAGUUAAAAACAAUCGGAGUCUAAGCUGUUUUAAGCUGUUCUGAAACUGAUGAGCAGAAUACUAUUUUAGGUAUUUAUUCCUUAGCUGUAAAACAGAGGUUAUUCACGUUUCCCAUAGUCGUGACUCGUAUCAUAGUUAUAGAUUCAGAGUAGCCAGCGCGGGCUCACACUGUUAGGGGCCCUAGGCCAAGAAAUUUUUUUUUUACUCUCUAAAAUUUAUAUACAUAUAAUGUUUAAAUUUUUUUUUAAAUUUAAUCAAUAAUAUUUUGUAUAUUUUGUAAUGAAAAUAAAACCAUAUACAUAUCAAAUAAUUUUGGGUCCCUUUUAAUUUUAUUUAUUAUAUUUAUAAUUUUUUAUUUAUAAAAAUAUAAAUUUAUAAAAAAUUGGACCCCUUAAUUAGUAUUAUACGGGGGGACACGGGCUUGGGUCCAGGGCGGUCGCACCGCUUGUCCCCCCCCCAAUGAGCCGGCUCUGAGAGUAGCUCAUCUACCACAAGAUUCCUUAUUCAAAAUUGCAUUUUUUUUUGAGAAGUUCAUAAUUUCAUAUUAUUUCAGAAUUUUCUCUCAUUUGGUACUUGAUUGUUACUUGUGCAAAUUUAAACAGUAGAGUAUCAUAAUAUACAAUAAAAUGAAAAUAUUUGUGUUUUAUAUGGGUGCUGGUAUUUUUCAUUUAACAUAAGUAAAUGGUCGAAUUUUAUGUAGAAUCACUUUUUUUUUCUUAACAAGUUUUGGAUUUUAGUGGACAAAAUAAUAAAUAGAUGGAAACAAAACAAAGAGAUAAUAAGUAUGAAAUAAAUGAAAAUUAAUAGAAAAAUCUUUUUUUUUAAACAAUACACAAAAUCAUAGUCAACUGCUACCUAAAUCUUAUUUAAAUUCUAGUGUGAUUCAAUGAUAUAUUUAAAUCUAGUACUUCAAAUUUAAUAUUAUUCAUCUUUAUUAGAUUUUUAAUAAUUAUAUUUUAAAUGGACUUCAAAUCACUUAUUGUGAAGUCUAAUAAACAGAUGGUUGAAAUAUAAAAUAAAGGGAUUGUAAAACAUUUUAAUAAAAUUUAUGUUCAUGAAUUCUAAAAUCACUAUGGUAUCCGUUGAUUUUGAUUUCAAUCAUUUGUUCGUUAAACUUCACAAUAAAUGAUUUGAAAUCUAUUUAAAAUACAAACUUUUAAAUCAUAAAUCUGAAUAACAUUAAAUUUUAAAUAUUGGAUUUAAAUUAUUAAUUGGAUAACACCGAAUUUUAAAUAAGAUUUAUAAAUACCAUAUUCAAUAACAAUAUAUUAUAAAAUAAAAUUUAAAAUAAUCAUUUUAGUAGCAAAUUGAAUGUGUUUAGAUUUAACUCCAUUAAAAUAUAUGAUUGAAUAACACCUCAUAAACACACAUAUUUUAGAUUAAAAAUAAAUGAAUAUUACAUUAAAAAAUAAAAAAAGGAAACAACUGUAAAUUAUUGCUUGGAUUUUAGAAAAUAAAAUAAAAAUAACUAAGUAAUUAUCAACGACUAAUUUAAAAAAAAAGGAAAUAAUGACUGCAUUAAUAAAUGAUCCAGUCUUCAAAAAAAAAAUAGCAAUAUGAAAGGAGAGUUUAUAUACGUUUUUUUCUCGCAAGACAACAACACUUUCAGAUUUAGAGUUUACUUUUUUUUUUUUCGUUCUUUCUUUGACAUUGUCGACUGCAACCAGCGCUGGUCUAACAAUAUAUCAUAACAAAAUUAUAGAAUGCUAAUAUAAAUAUAAUUAAAAUUUAAAACAUUAAAAUAUAUAAAUUUUUGCAUUUUUCUAUGUAAAAUCAUUAAUUAAUCUCUUGUGUUACAUUUUAGACACAAUUGAAUCACAUCAACUGCUGAAUUUUUGGUGCAAAAUUAUUCGUUUUUGUUGCAUUUUUCUAUGCAAAAUCAUUCAUUAAUCUCUUGCGUUAAAAUUUAAUAAAACAAUUUGAGUCAAAUCAACUGUUGCAAUUUUUGUUGCAUUUGUCUAUGUAAUCACAUUUUUAAUCAUAAACGGAGCCUUGUUUUUAGAAAAGAAAAAAAACUGUUGAUUAUUAGGAAAAUAGAAAAAGGAAGGGGGGUUAACCAAAAAAAUGAUGGAAAUGGCGACGAUCAAGGCGAUUGCCAACCGACUAGGUUUUCUAAAAAUUCUUCAAUUUCUCGCCACGAUUUUAGUGGUUGAGUGUGAUCAUGAUGAUGGAGUGGGGCAGUUCUCUAGGAAUCUCACCACGAUGUCUUUUCUUCCCACAAAAGAAUCCAUUUGCUUUUGUGAUGUUGUAACUGCGAAACGGUUUGAGAGGAUGUAUGUGUAUAAAAUCCCUUCUUUAGGGUCUAUUGAUUCAACAUUCCAUUUCAAAACAAUAGCAAAUCUCCUGCUUUACUUUUGGAAAUUUACAAUUUUUCUGAGAGAAAUGUCGGAAGGUUUACGGAGAUCAAUUCAAGACAUCAACUUGGGGUGUAACGAUGCCCCUUUUGUUCUACCAAGGGAGGUGGUUCGCCAAGCCGAAGAAGAGAACCGGUUCAUCAUCAUUGGGCGUCCAGUUAUGCCUAGACGCCAGAACCUCCGUGCCAUUGUUGCAUCUAUGCCUCGAAUCUGGGGACUGGAGGGUAUUGUUAGGGGAAGAAUCAUCGAAGGACGAAGAUUUCAAUUUGUUUUCCCAUCUGAAGAAGCGUUAGAGACGGUCAUGCGAAGAGUCCCCUGGGCUUUUGCUGAACGAAUGCUUGUGUUGCAGAGGUGGACGCCAUUGAUGGAUCUGGAGAUGCUCAACUUCAUUCCGUUUUGGAUUCAAAUUCGAGGCAUCCCUCUUCAGUUCAUGAACAGAGAGGUGAUUGUUCACAUUGCUAGGGAGAUGGGUCAGUAUAUUCAGAUGGAGUACAAUGAAGAACUUGGUGGAAGAUUGGAGUUUGUUCGUGUAAGGCUUAACUGGAAUGUAUCUCAUCCUUUGAAGUUUCAGCGAAAUUUCCAAUUUACUCCCGGGGUGAACACGCUGCUCAAAUUCCAAUACGAGAGGCUUCGUGGAUUUUGCGAAGUUUGUGGAAUGAUUACUCAUGACACUGGCGCUUGUGUCAUUAACAAUGGAGGACCUGCUCCAGAUGAUGGCAAUGAUGACAGCGACGGUGAAGAAGACAUGGACGUGAGGGCUCCCAAUCAAGGUGUCAUCAUUGAAGAAGUUCAGGAAGAGGAAGACAGGGCUGAAGAAGAUCAAGAUGUUGAUCCGGUACAAGAGGAGUAUGAGCACAAUGCGGUGACAGUGGAGACUGAGAAUGUUGAUGAGGAGGUGUGGAAUGAUCCAUACAGAGAGACGUUAUACUCUGUGGAUUAUUACCCUGUGGAGAUGUUAAACGCUGAUAGCAGUAUUGGUCGUAUGAAUCAAAAGAGGAAAAAUUGGUUACAAGACGCAGACGGAAACACGCUAAAGUUUACUAACAUUGAAGCCGGAGAGUCAAGCAGAGGGAAUGAAAGUAAGAGGCAGAGAGGAGUAGGGGAGACAGGAGAUGCUGAGAACACAGAUGAGAGUCAGACAGAGCAGAGAGGCGCGGUGGGCCCAGAACCACCUCUUCCGCCAUGAGGACACUCAGUUGGAACUGUCGGGGUCUAGGCAGUGACUCGACAGUUCGACGCCUUAAGGAGAUAGACAGAAAAUAUCUCCCGGACAUCAUAUGCCUGUCAGAAACCAAGCAACCAGACGAUUAUGUUCGUGACGUUGGAGCUCAGCUUGGCAGUGUGUUUUCAGUUUUAGUACCGCCGGUAGGAAUAGGAGGCGGUUUAGUUAUCUUUUUCAAGCAUCAUGUUCAGCUUUCUGUUAUUAGUAGUU